AUGCCCCAACCAGACAAUCGCCCCUCGUUGAAUCCUACCGUCGAGGAAGCGAAUGAUUCAGACUCCCAAAAUACAUAUCCUACAAAUUCCGACGCCUCGCACAAUAUUUCCUGGUCGGAGGUUUGCGCGAGGCACGAAUCCGUCCUGGCCUCACACAUUCACAUGUUAAAUACCGUGCGAAACAAUGUAGCGGCAAAGGGGGGUCUUUCGGAGGUGGUUUCCGGCAUGAUUGAGAAAACGAAUAGACUCGUGACCCAGUUUCGAGUGAUAGAGAAGUACUUGGUAGUUUUGAAGGGUCUAUUACCGUUGCGUUGGGAUAACCGUGGAACAGAACAGGAAAACUUUCAUCGAGGCGCAGAAAACAGUGUUACGGCCGAAUCUACUGAGCAAUCUGUCACAUCCGCGUCAUCUAGGCGAGAUUCAUCUAAACGGCGACCAAGUCGUUCUACGGAACGGAGAAAGCGCUCAAGGAUAGAGGACAGUAUGGAUGUAGAAAGUGAAAGUAUGGAUACUGUGCCUCUAGGUGCUGUACAAUACCACAAGCGCCAGCGAUUGGAUAUGUUAGUACCUGGUAGCGAUGAAGAUGUGGGAAAUGUGACACCGGUAGCGAUGGAAACGGAGGAUAUUUCCGAUGAAGUUCGGCGAAGAUUAGAAAUCAAAGAAGAGCAGAGAAGGAAAAGAAACACCAAACCAGAGAAGAGGAAGCGUGACAGUAUAGCGUCAACGAGUAGUACUUCUUCCCCCGGGGACAUGUCAAACCCGAAGAAAAGGGCCAAAAUCGGAACAUCUCGGGACAGUACUGUUGAUGUACCAUGGGGGGCUAGUCGUGGAAAGAAAAAUUUGAAGAAUUUCGGAUUCGAGCAGGGGUCAGCUGGCAAUUUUCUCGAAGAGAAACGGCGAGCAAAACGCCAGAAGCACGGGUCAGCAACUCCCCGGGCGUCAUGA